UUAAUCGAUACCAAGUGUCAGAGAUUUCGUAGCUGUGCCUGCUCCACGUGGUACAAGUGUAUCAUAGAGGUCAGUAGAUACAAUGCUCUAAAGCUUAAAGCUCGGCGCGAAAUAGGCCGGUAGUGACAGAUGAAAAUCGCCAAGUGUUCGUUAUGGCGGGUCUUUGGGUUUUAUCAGCUACAUCGCGCGUUAGCGUCUUAACGUCGUCGCCCUACAAAUACCGAGCGAUUGUUUCGAGUUUAUACUCAAUUUCAAAUAACGAUUACAGCACAUCAAGCGACCCUAAGAAACAUUAUGACAUCGUUAUCGCCGGAGGUGGUAUGGUCGGAACGACGCUGGCCUGUGCCAUAGCCAACAACAGGGUACUAGAGGAAAAACGUGUACUAUUGCUUGAAAGUGGAAAUAAGCAGAAUUAUCACGUGCAAAACAAGUACUCAAACAGAGUUGUGGCAUUGAAUCGACAAACUCGUACACUUUUGUCAAGUAUUGGAGCAUGGCAACAUGUAGAAGCAGUUCGGUAUGCACCAGUGAAGAAAAUGCAGGUUUGGGACGCCUGCUCAGACGCUAUGAUCACUUUUGGCGAAGAUCAUCUUGCUGAAGAAUUGGCCUUCAUUGUGGAAAAUGAUUUGCUUCUGUAUGCCAUUAAUCAACAACUAUCUGGGAAAGAGUCUGUGGAUCUGGUAUAUGGGGCCAAGGUCGCGGAUGUACUGAUACCCUCAAAACACUGCCAAAACUCCAGAAUAACUCUGCAGGAUGGGCAAAGCAUUGAGACAAAAUUACUGAUCGGUGCGGACGGGGUGAAUUCAUUGGUCCGCAAAAAAAUGGGAGUGCAAUACGUAGGAUGGAAUUACGAGCAAAUGGGCGUCGUUGCUACUGUACAGCUAUCCGAGCCUACGGAGAACAUCGUGGCUUGGCAGAGAUUCUUACCGGGUGGACCCGUAGCACUGUUACCGCUCACAGAUACCCUAAGCUCUCUGGUCUGGUCCGUAUCUACCGUCCAAGCUAAGAAACUGCUCAGCCUUUCAGAUGAAGAAUUCGUCGACGAGUUGAACGAAGCGCUAUGGAAAAUGUAUCCAAAGGACGGGAUGGUAGAAGCCGGCAUGCGAGCCCUCGGACAGCUUCUUGAAGGGCUUUCCUUACACAGUGGAGUAACUAGACAACUACAACCCUCCAUUGGGGGAAUUGUGGAGGGGACUAGAGCUGCGUUUCCUCUUGGUUUUGGGCAUGCUGCUUCCUACGUCGGACCAGGAGUAGCACUGGUUGGGGAUGCCGCCCAUCGAGUUCAUCCUCUGGCGGGACAGGGCGUUAAUUUAGGAUUUGGAGAUGUCACCGCUCUCGUUAAACUCAUGACUGAGGCUAGUAGAAAUGGAGCUGUACUCGGAGAUAUGGCUUAUUUAAGCCGAUACGAAACCCUGCGACAACGACACAACGUCCCUACUAUGCUGGCGAUCGACGCAUUGCAUAGAUUAUACAAAGGUACCGCUGCUCCGAUUGUCUUAGCACGAAGCUUGGGACUUCAACUUACAAACGCCUUGCCACCAUUGAAGAAGGCUAUAAUGCAACAUGCGUCUGAUCGUGCACUUUGAACGAGCGACUUUUUGGAUAUCCCAUGUAAAUACAUACCUGAAUCUAAAGAUAAUCUUAGCUAAGUUUUUCGUGGAAAUCGCAAUGACCUACAUUACUACCUGAAGUUUAUACCCGCUAGUACAAAACGUGCAGUGUAUCGCUAAUGUUUUCGCCCUCAUGUAAUUAAUAGAGCAUUGAACUCUUAUUUGGAAUUAUGACUAAAUUAAUCGUCAGCGAAAGUAUACAUGGAUGAGAAAAAAAAAAAUGGACUACGCAGGUGCGAACAGCAGACACACCGUAUUGAUGGUUGUACAAGAUUUUAAUGCCUCGCUAUCAACCUGGACAUCACGACCUCUGAAUGGUAAACUCUGUCGAGACAUAACGUAUCAUUGUAAAUUAACUGGCUACUGAUUUUAUGCUCCACCUAAAGAUAUAUAUACUUUGUUAGGUAUGUAGUUAACUGCGUAUUUGAGUCACCAAUGCGACGACGCGAAGUUCUAUUUAUUUUGUUCAACUGGCUUCGAUCAAUAAACUCGUUUGGUUUUUCACAAUUAUUGCCUGUGCAUAUGGCCAGAGCUGAAGUUUCUUUUGGUUUCAAUUAGAUAUCUUAGAAAACCCUGAGAAAACACAAGAGCUAUGCAGGUAGACGAUUCAGAAAAUUGCUUGGAGGACUGCGACUAAUGUUAAAUGUACAUGAACAUGACAUGAACCCUUGAUGGUUGAAUUCCUCUUAUUUCUACCGCCAUCGAGGAACCGAAAAGUUAUAAGACAAUUCGCAGGGAAAUAUUCUCGCUCGACAGCAGAUCGGAAACGAUACCUAGAAAAAACUUGUAGUUCUUCCGCAUUAUGCGUCGUUAUACAAGGUGAAAAUCAAUGACGAUCUCGAAUGCGUCACCUUCAUCUUGCGAUGCCAUCGGUAGAGGGGAGGACGCCCACACGACGACGUAGCGUCUCGAUGACGACGCCCAGGACACAGAACCGACUAUGGUCUACUUUACUCCGCAUCCCAACUUCUAUAAAUCUCGAUCCAUCGUUGAGAUAGAAGAGUAGAAUUCACCUAACUACGAUAGUAAAAUUUAACGCAAGAACUCCAGCACGUAGCGCGGAGUAACACCGGGUAGACUCCUAGUGUUGCAGCUGGCCUUUGCCGGGGUAUAUAAACUCCCACCAUGGGUCGAACGCGCACAUUCCGAGGUCGAAAGCGGCGGGGGCUGUAUCGAGCGGAGUUGCUAGUGGUAUGGUGAAUCAUACAUCGGUAAAUUGAAGAGGGAGAGCUAGGGCUGAAUCAUCCCGUAACGGAGAAGUCAGUGCGUAGUAUCUAGUUCGGGACGAGAGCAUCACCAGCGACUCGAAGUUUGAUACAGUCUCUCCGUUUGAGAUGACAAUGGAAUGGAGGGCAGAGAUGGCCGGGGCCAAUGGCGGCUGGAGGAUGCGGAAGCGGAAGACCUGAGGCCAUUUGGCAGCUCUCUGCCAAUCGGCGGUUUGGUUUGUAGAUCGUAUCAAAACCAAAAUCUUUUCUUUGCACCAAACAUUAUAGAAUCCCUUUACAAUAUUUUGGAUCAAAUUGAUUAGGAGCAAUGAAGAUGAUUUCCAAAGGUUAUCGGAUUCUAAUUCACAGUUAGGAGUUUGAUUUUAAAUAUUCAAAUUGUUUCUUUGGAAUAGAGAAAUUUAUGACAAACCCUAGUGAACUAUGAAAGAAACGAUUUAAUCAUGCGCGUGUUGAAGAUAUUUCAUUUAGAUGGAAUUUAGUUCUACAAAAAAUUACUGUAAUCAUAGGUAUAGAAUCUGUUCAUAUUGAAUUUUUUCUGUACACAUAACGAUAUAUUUUAUUGAUUAUUGAUGGAGAUUCAAAGACUUGGAUGAAAGUAUCCAAAGACAAAAAAAAUAAAGAUAUUUACAAAAAACUACAUUAUUUUGAUUUGGUCACGAUAUUCUCUAUAUGUUGUGCUAUUAAUUCCGUAAAUCCUUUUCAGUAUGCCAAUUCGCCCCUGAAAAUUCUGUUGCAAGCUAACGAUCGAAACAAAGAUCAUUUGGGCUGUCAGCGUGUCUCGCCGAACUUAGAAAGAGAGGCAAGCGAACGAGCCUUUGGCGGCAAGUGGCGGGCUGUGCUGUAAAACAAAAAACGGAAAGUGGAAGUCUGUGUUUUUAGACAGCCACAACGUAGCCUGGCUGAUAUUACAUGUCAAAUAUGGCACGCCGACACUCACUCUCUCCUCAGAAAAGAGGCCUCAUCUCGCGAUAUGUCAUCUUUUGUUCAGGCAGAGAACUAGGCAAAAGUUCCAGCGGUGAGCUGUCUUUUUUUACCCCCUCCCCACUCCGGAAAUAUGAUAUUUUCUCAGGUCUGGCUGGGAACAAGGACAGAAACAGAAGUUGAAUAGGGUUCAUUUACUACUCACGGGUUCAUCCCAUACAGCAUUGCACACCGCCGAUCACCCUGCUGCGCCAAACAUAGAAAACCUCGUCAUGCCGCAGUUGUUAAGGAAUACGCUGGUUCCAAUACCUUACUAGGAUAGAAAAAGUGCCAGGUAUGGGAGUGUAUACCAACGCUAAGUGUAUCUCCUAUAUUUAUUAACCAGUCUUGUAGAUUGCUUAUGGAGGAAGGUAUCACUACAUUAAGGGUCUGUCUAGAAUGUCAUAACUUAUGGGAAAUAUGUUUUGUGGUCAAGAAAUCUGAGCACUCUAUAAAUUGAAAAAUACGUUUGUUACCUCGGCGACUUUGGAAGAUGCAAGCCCAGUUAGGGCUAGGAAUAAUAGUGUUUUCGCAGAUUCGAACCGAAGAAGCACUGCUUGAUUCUCUACCUGGAUGAAUAUCGAUUUAUCAAUAACACACGGGGUGCACCAGAUAGAGAUGUUGCUGUUACAUGCGCAAACUGUGUGAGUGAGGUUGCAGAGAAAUGGAGAAUUACCGUGAUGAUGUGAUACAUUGCAAGCAAAGGAAUGAGAGCAAUAUACAGAGGUACUGAUUCUUCAAAAAGCGUUUCUCAACUUUUCUUGACCGCAGUAGUUGUGCGAGAAUUUCGUAUUAUAUGAGACGCGUGGUACACAAGGAGCUUGAAUGGAGGAACAGAGUCAAGUAGUGCAUUGAGAGAUCUGGUCAUAAGCCAGGAUAAUCGAUCCUGUUCUUGUUUUUGUUCUUGUCGUUGUUUUGAGCCACAGAACUCCCAGCGGAUCACAAGAUGUUCAGAUUAUCUGAGGAUCCUGAAAGAAAUUCUUCCAUUCCAUCAACUGGACCAAAACUGAUUUGGCGUUCAUUAUCGGAUUCAUAAGAGAGAUGCCAAGACUGGCAACCGUAAGCUAGCAACCUUGUCCAAAUCCAAGAAAGCAGGUCUGUAAUUAGUAAAUUUCAUCUGUGACUGGUAAACCAAAAACUAGUGUACACAUAUAGUCUACCGCCAACUCCAGAUUGUUGCAACUGACAAUGAGCAGCAAUAGCGUACUAUCAGCAAGAUUCUUACAAGUUACACCGAGGUGCACAGAAAUUGAAAAAUGGUAACGCUCACUGAUUAAUGGACAUCUUUGAUAUGGCACGCAGUGUAUCAUAAUUAACAUGACCUGUUAUUAGAAGUAAAUGGGGGGCAGCGGGGGGCUCACGAAACCUUUUACUUUGAGCUGUAGGAUUGCGAGCUUCAUGAAGAUGGAACAUAUCAGGCGAGACACGGAAUUAUUCGACUUGUUUGGAUCCAAAGCGAAUGUUAUUGCCUUGUGGUACAUGGGAGAAUAGUGGCAGAAAAUUCGGCGAGCGCUAUUAAAAUUUCGAACUUCAUUGGAGCCGGCUUUUGUUGGAUCGUAAUCGAGGUAAAAGGUCAAUGAUCGGUUGCAAUAUUUAUAUGAUGGAGUAUACUUUGCGGUGAGAGGAGGGGGAGGAGGGAGCAGCCAAGGUGAUAAUUCUUAGCUACAGCAAGGCAAUCACGUUAGUCGAAUGACCCUGGGUGCGGAUUUGGUGGAGUGUCUAUCGUAAGCGGACUCCUAACGUGUAGCGAGGUAACAGAUGAAUCGAUAUCGUUGCUCAGGACUCAUUUCGUGACCAUUAUCCUUCUAAGUAUUUUGUGAGGGCAGGGGGGAAAUCGGGAAGUCACUAUUAUCAUUUUGAGCUACAGGCAUGCCGAAAGCUGGUGUGGAUGUCGGAGUUCCAGUACUUUGGUAGAUUGCCGAAUGCAUUUUUGACGAGGUAAUGUGAUAAAUUCUGGAUAGAACGUUCAUCCUCACAAAAAUAGGAACGCCAGUCCGAAAAAGUGAAUGAAAAACGAUAUUGCCCAAAGUUUACAAACUGACAGAGUAUCAGGUAAAGAAACGUUUCCUACUUAACCGUCUGAAUGUCGGAAAACAUAGGUAAUACACCCAUACAACAUUAACGUAAUUUCUCACUCAGAACUUACUAGUGAAAAUUAGUACGAAAGAAAUUUGGAUUGUCCACAACAAAGCUUGGCGAUGGGGGGGAGAGGGGAACAGCAAAAUAUUUGAUUUUUUUCUAGAAAGCCCAACCAGAUUACGGCCGAAUCUUCCUCCCACUGGCAUGAUGUGUUAACGCUUUGCGACUUGGCAUAAAUUCCCAUGAUAUGCAAAUGCCCAUACUCGCGUAAUAGUAGCAAGUCUAUAAUCCCCUAGGAUGUUGGUGAAGUGGAAUAAUAGUUGUGGUGAAGAUGGAUCGGUUAUGCGUCUAAAUUCGCAUGCAGUUUUGUGAGCAAGUCUUCCAAAAGCAAUGUGUCAAAGUAUGUCGCUGUGCGGAUUAUUGUUUCUGUUAAAUAUUUAAAUAGCACCAGGACUUGGCAAAGUAAAAAUUCUCACUCACCGGACGACUGUUCAAAAUCGUGGCGUAAUGUUUUGUGUAUAAUAUGAUGGUAUUGCUCCUGGCAACUAAUGCAACCUGCAGGAAUAAUGACGGGGUAUACAACACACAACUUGACAUGUCACAACGCGACACCCAAUUUGCAAUGAUCCGCUGCUGUAAUGGACCUUAAAUAUGAUUGGAUUUCAAGCCGCAUAGAGUUUAGGCAGAGUGUUAGGUGAGUGACCUAAAAUGUAUAAAAUGUUCUGAUUGAUGAAAUACCUAGGCUUUUGUGCUUCGUACAAGAUGCCUAGGUCCAGAACUUCAUAGCAUGGCACAAAAGUGCAUACCUACAUAAUUUAAAACAUUCGAAAAAUUACACUUGUUACCAUGCGAUUAUUUUAUAUCAUUACAUAUCACAUCAUGUAUAUUUGUAUCACUUCCAAAUGACAUGAAUAAAUCAUAACCGUUGGGGCAGGGGCGAGGGAGGAGUGGUUGAGAGUUAGAGAUUUAACUUUUUUCUCUGUAGGUCAGAUUCAUUUCAGAUGACAUAUUGACAUGGCGAUUGAAAGAACCAAAGCUAAAUGCUUACGAAUUGUUCAGAUGGAGUUAUGAAUUUAUAAUCAAUUAGCUAUUAGCUGCCCACAUCAAGGUAUUUCUAGAGAUUUGGAAAAUGUUUAAGCUGUUUGCAGUGAAUCGGCAAGGAACCUUCGAUCUAUCUAAAAGAAAGUAAUCAAAACUUGAUCACGUUUGUUGCUAAAAUAUGCCGCUCAAUGUGGAUUGGGGUGAUGUCUCACAGGAUACACGAAACCAAUUUGUUUUCACAAACAUCAUCUGUGGUAUUGUAAGAGGAUGUCACGUCGCAUCAUUGCUGUAAUAUGCAUGCUUUAUUAAUUCAACAAUCUUUGUGUAUAAGCGCUCGCACUGGUUGGUAUAUUGCUUACUCUGAGUCUCCGUAGUAAAAACUAUACUGAAUCAACAGACCCUAUGUUAAGAUAAAUUGAACGAAAAAAUCUGGAAAGUUUUCCAUGUCUGAAAGGCCCCAUAUUCUCAAACGUAUGGUGAAUGAAGAAGAUAGGCCUAAGCAAUAUGAUGAGAAUUGAGCAAUGAGUAUAAAUUUUGGAAAAUUCAGGUAAAAGUUCAUCUUAUUAUAACUAGAAAUUGUCUGACGCUUUAAACCGUAAGCUUGGCUAUACUUGGAAGCAAUCAGCAAGACACGCGUUAAGCGGCAGGCAUCUCUCGUACUUCCCCAAAUAUGCUAAUUAAGUUUUCUAGAAUCUGUAUUUGGAAUAUGGAGACCUGAAUCCUUGACACUAGGCAUGAGUUGGUGGUUGUAGACAUCUCUCACUUGGUCAGAUAUGAAUGAGGGACGAAUUGGCAGGCUGAAUUGAAAGAUAGAUCCCAUGUCGACUUUGCAUCCGUUGAGCUCACCGAUUCGAUUUGUAAUCCUAUAAAUCUGCAUCACAUCUAUUCGCUAUGGUUUCAUUGCUUUACUGACUCGACAAGGCUGACUGGUUGUUCUGGCUUAUUAUAUCAAUAUGUUCCGGCGUACACAUAAUAUAGAAGAGAUUAACUAAACCCAGAAGAAAGAAGAAAAUGGAUGUAUGUACAUGCUGUUGAGCAACGAAGAUGACACCAUGGAAAGUGGAUGCUGCCAUGAGAAGAGGAUGCCAUCAUGAGAAGAGAUUACCGCUAUGUGAAGAAGAUGCUGCCAUAAGAAGUGGAUGCCACUAUGGGCAGAGGAUACAGCCAUGUGAAGAUGAUGCCGCCAUGAGAAGAGAUUACUGCUACGUAAAGAAGAUGCCGCCUUUGAGAAGAGAAUGUUGCCAUGGAAAGAUAAUACCGCCAUGAGAAGUAGAUGCCGCUAUGGACAGAAGUUGCAGAUAUGUCAAGAUGAUGCCACAUAUGAAGGAAAUGCCCCAUGCAAAGAGGAUGCCGCCAUAAGAAGAAGACUCCCAAUGGGAAGAGGAUACCGCUAUGCGAAGAGGAUGCCGCUAUGUGAAGAGGAAGCCGCCAUGAGAAGAGGAUGACACUAUGUGAAAAGGAUGCCCCAUGAGAAGAGGAUACCGCUAUGUGAAGAGGAUGGCGUCAUGAGAAGGGGAUACUGCUAUGUGAAGAGGAUGCCACCAUGUGAAGAGGAUCACGCCACGAGAAGAGGAUGUCCCAUGAGAAGAGGAUACCGCUAUGUGAAGAGGAUGCCGUCGUGAGAAGAGGAUGUCACCAUGUGAAGAGGAAGCCGCCAUGAGAAGAGGAUGACACUAUGUGAAAAGGAUGCCCCAUGAGAAGAGGAUACCGCUAUGUGGAGAGGAUGCCCCAUGAGAAGAGGAUACCGCUAUGUGGAGAGGAUGCCGUCGUGAGAAGGAGAUACUGCUAUGUGAAGAGGAAGCCGCCACGAGAAGAGGAUGCCGCUAUGUGAAGAGGAUGCUGCCAUCAGAAGAGGAUACUGCUAUGUGAAGAGGAUACUGCUAUGUGAAGAGGAUGCCACCGUGAGAAGAGGAUACUGCUAUGAGAAGAGGAUACCGCCAUGAGGAGAGAAUGCCACCAUGAGGAAGGAUGCUGCCAUGGUACAGGGACUUUGCCAUGAGAACAGGACGCCGCCAUGAGAAGAGGAUACUGCUAUGAGAAGAGGAUACCGCCAUGAGGAGGGAAUGCCACCAUGGAAGAAGGAUGCCGCCAUGGUACAGGGACUUUGCCAUGAGAAGAGGACGCCGCCAUGAGAAGAGGAUACUGCUAUGAGAAGAGGAUACCGCCAUGAGGAGGGAAUGCCACCAUGGAAGAAGGAUGCCGCCAUGGUACAGGGACUUUGCCAUGAGAAGAGGACGCAGCCAUAAGAAGAGAAUGCCCCCAUGGGAAGAGGAUGCAGCCAUAAGAAGAGAAUGCCCCCAUGGGAUGAGGACACUGUCAUGGAAAGAGCAUUUUGUGUUAACAGGAUGGAUUAAUCUGCCAAGAAAAGAGUGGGCUAUUGCAAGAAAAGGAUGCAUCGGAGGGCUUUGCUGAGAGAAGAGGACGUUGUACAGAGAAGCAGAUCUGGACAUCAAAGUCACGGAAAUAUCGUCAGCAAGUAAUUGAAACUUUUCGAGUUCAAUCCCUUAAAUUCCUCAGGAAUUUUAUAGUAUUAUGGUCCAUCCGUUGUAGAUAAUAUGCUAAAUCGAAAAUGGAUCAAGUAUCAUACCUGCUAAUCGACAUGGUAAUUGAUUAAAUGAGAAAACGAACUCGAAUCUCAGCAGUAGCAGUGGGGUAAACUCAUGUUUUUAAUAAACGGAAAAUUCUCGGGUCAUCGUAGCAGAGUUCCAGCACAAACGCCUACUUUUGCCAAAAAAACAGAUCUUGUUCGAUCCAAGGUAAACUCAUAGUCUGUCUGCAGUUACCAAUCUCGAGGGAUAUCGGACUGCUAAGCUAAGUUGUUAUUAACCUUCGUUGGACUUGAGGGCUACCUACGAACAAUAUUCAUUGUAAUGUUAGUAGUUUACUAUUGAACUUCACAAUUUUGCUAUCGGAUCAUUCUCUUGUAUCGAAGUAUUGUUUGUCAACAAUUUUUUCAGAUAAUAAUUGAGUAAAAAUAUAAACUGAAUUACUUCAAUUAUCAUUGAGAAUGUUUUUUCGAUUAUGACAUACUUAUAUAUAUGUAUACAUGUAUAUUUGAAUACAAUAUACCUGAGUAAACCGCCUCUACAUCUAUUACAUUCUCCUUCAUGUUUAGAUUUAGAAAGUAACAGAAUGCGACUUAAUUAGUCGAGAUAUGGUUGAUAUAUUAGUACAAUCCUGAAGGUGGGGGAAGAAUAAGGACAGAAGAAAGUGGCAAAUAUUUGUACAGUCCGAAAAUUCAUGUCAUAUUUUUUAUUUAAUAUAUGUAUAAUAUCUACAAGAUGUAUGAUUGGCGUGUACCCUAGAAUCAAUACAAUAUUUUAUGAUGUUCGAAGCA